AUGGAACAUAGAAGAUUGCGCAAAGGGCCGCUGCCUGGAGGUCGUCAGGGCGCGUCUGGAGCUGGCGCUGGACGCGACAGCAUGCGAACCGCCAGCCGAGCGCGAGGUGCUGCACGACCACCCAGCAGCCCCUCGCAUCCAUCAUCCCCACCAGCUUGCUUGGUGUCGGCAGGGUCUUCGCAGGCCCAGCAAUCGGCACCCGCCACUGGUGGAGUACGCCGCAUGCGAUGGACCAUCAAUAUGAAUUCAAACGCAUUGCGGGCGUAUUUUAGGGCGAAAGGGGGAGAAAUUGGAGGUUUAGCGUAUCGGGCUAGGAUGCAUCGUCUUUUUACUGAGCUGGAGCCAUCUAUUACUGUCACCGAGCAAAACCUGGCAGACCGAGUUCGGUAUAUCUUACGCUCAAAUAUAUUUGAUGGCGCCGAACUCGAACGGCUACGACGUGAGGCUGUUCCCUCAUCAAAUGAAAACGCUACGACUGAGGGUGCGGUGCCACAAGUUGCAGAACAACCCGCACACGUGGAUGCCGCCGAGAAUACCCCAGUGGUUGCUGAUUCAAAUGAUGAUGGAACAUUCACCCAGGAACUAGAAAUAGAGCAAAUGAGGAGUACAUUGGAAGAGGCGAUUAUGGAAACGCGCAGUACGGCUUUUGAAAAUCGACCGCGACUUCCCCGCAUAGCCCUAAGCAAGCGGAAUCGGGCUGUCGUGAGGGCUCUGAACCCAAUGCUGGUGACCUAUUUGGAAGCCAGCCGGGACCUUUGCGAGACGGACUCAAUUCUCUUUGGCGCCGCACUGGCAGUCUGCCGUAUUAUAGGCGCCAAACUUUCCACGGCUGGACGCACUACUGGACAAAGUAGUGCUAUCCCAGCCUGGAGAACAAGAAUUGAAGAACGUAUCGCAAAGGCUAGGGCCCUCAUCGGCAGACUGAUAUGCUUCAGGUCAGGCAAUACCAGGCCAAGGAUUGUGCGCACCGUCAGGAUGGCGUUUGCUGGGACAAAUGUUAGUUUGUCCCAGCCGGAUAUAAUGCAAAAACUGACGGAGCGCAUAGACGACCUGAAGCAGAGAAUCGCUGCUUGGGGAAAGCGAAUUCGGCGAUAUACCGAGAGGUCGACACGGUUCAACCAGAAUCGUCUCUUCCAGAGUGAUCAGAAGAGGCUCUAUAAAUCAUUGGAGCGACCAAUGGUAAGUGGAACGGGCCCAGUACCGAAUCAGGCCGACACGGUCGCAUUCUGGCGCAGCCUGUGGUCAGAGCCCGUAAACCACAACGAGGGCCCUUGGACGGAAGUUGUGGCGAGUCAGUGUGCGGGUAUUACGCCCAUGGACCCCGUCACCAUAACGCCGGAUGACGUAGCUGAGGCGGUCCGUAGGGCCCCGAACUGGAAAAGUCCGGGACUCGACGGGCUGCAUCACUACUGGCUGAAGGGGUUCGUGAUACAUUUCAUUGUGCAAACACCAUUCAACAAGCUCAUCGAGAUCUCUUUGAAGCAUUAUUGA